UAUGUAUGUGAAAUACUUCUAGGAGAACGUCAGCACUACUGCAGAGUAUGAUUAUUCAAAUGGAUAUGAGUGUAGAUAUUAUUAUUAUUAUGUGACUAAUAUGUGUUCAAAGUGCGUGUCAUACUAUUGUAUGGUAACAACUAAGUAGUGCAGUUUUAAAUCAUAUGAUACGUGUUCCAAUCAUGAAUCAGCCUCGCAGAACUGAAUGAGUGAGCUUGAUAUGAAUGGAUCUGAAUUUCGAUGAAAACACACAUGGAGAAGACAGGUUACAGCCUACGUCACGGGAGACGAGCCUCCCUCGCCUAUAUGUGACUGCUGUUGCGCUUUCUCUGUUGGCCUAUUCGAAGAGCUCGGUAGCUGUUCAGUGUCUUGGUCCGGCCUGAAAGGCUUUUGAUUGGUUGCCAAUGACAUCACCCCUGCUCUUGUACACUGAAGUCUGAGCAUUGUUCCGUUCACUCGACGGCUCGGAGAAAGCUGACUUUACACCCGGCAAACUCCCUCCCACCGCGGGGUUGGUUUUUCACUUUUAUACAGUGUGACUUUAAUAUUAAAAACGUCCUCCAUUGGUUCGUGCUCGUGUCAAUCGAAUAAUAGCCUACUAGCUACUCCAGUAGGCUGGUUGACCCUCUUGUAUAUUAUAGUGCUUGGAGCGUAGCAAAAAGUAAAAAUGUUGCGGAUCCACGGCUUCGGGACGGGCUGAGUUGAGUCACGUUGUUGAUUGUAGAUUAAUAACCGACAUUUGCCCCCAAACCACCGGAGGUUUUAUUUAUUUACAUAGGCCGGGUCCCUGAGUUCUCCAUAGUCCCGCCAGCUCCUCAGCCUCCCCAUGCCUCCGUCUCCUCUCGACGACAGAAUUGUGGUGGCGCUGCCAAGGCCUCUCCGACCUCAGGAACUCCGACUCUGCCUGGACAACACCGCCAGCUAUCUGGACACUGUCGCCGUCGCCGCCACCGCCACCACCACCACCACCACCACGCACAGCACGACGACGGUCAUCAGCACCACCGUGGUGAAGAUCCGGGCGACCAACCUCACGUAUAUGCCCUCGUCCAGCGGCUCCACGCGUUCGCUGACGUGUGGAUGCAGCAGCGCCAGCUGCUGUACGGUGACCACCUACGAGAAGGACGGCAGCCGGCCGCAGCCCCCCCCCCAGAGCCAGCAGGUGAGUGCCAGCAGCCCCGACCUAAGCCAUGACGGCGGCCAUGGUGGCCCCAGCGGGGGCGGCGGCGCCCACAUCCCCAGCCCCACCACCCCCAUCGCCGGGCACGGCGAGGCCCUAAGCGCCCCUAGCCUCACCUCAGGACCUCUGCCGCCCAGGUCCAGCUACCGGGUGAUCCACCCCAAUGAGCUGGCCAAGAAGAUGGGCCGCUGUCCCAUGGGCCACCCGGUGGGGCCCGUGCCCGUCAUCAUCGACUGCCGGCCCUUCAUGGAGUACAACAAGAGCCACAUCCAGGGCGCCGUGCACAUCAACUGCUCGGACAAGAUCAGCCGCCGCCGCCUCCAGCAGGGCAAGAUCACCGUGUUGGACCUCAUCUCCUGCCGGGAGGGCAAGGACUCCUUCAAAGGGAUUUUCUCCAAAGAGAUCGUGGUGUACGACGACACCACCGCCGAGCCAGGCCGGGUGACGGCCUCCCAGCCACUGCAUGUUGUGCUGGAGUCCCUACGGAGGGAAGGAAAGGACCCCAUUGUCCUAAAAGGAGGCCUCAGCGCUUUCAGGCAGCACCACGAGAACCUGUGCGAGCACUCGCUGCACCUGCACCAGGAGGGCAUGGACGGCGGGGGCGCUGUCGGCCUGUCGGGGGGGCUACCUCACUCCCUGCCUUCCACCCCCGACAUCGAGAACGCCCAGCUCACCCCCAUCCUGCCCUUCCUCUACCUGGGCAACGAGCACGACGCCCAGGAACUCGACCAAAUGCAGCGGCAGAACAUCGGCUACAUCCUCAACGUCACCACCCACCUCCCGCUCUACCAUUACGACCUCGGCCUCUUCAACUACAAGCGCUUGCCGGCCACCGACAGCAACAAGCAGAACCUGCGCCAGUACUUUGAGGAGGCCUUUGAAUUCAUUGAGGAAGCUCAGCAUGCCGGACAGGGCGUCCUCAUCCACUGCCAGGCAGGUGUGUCCCGCUCUGCCACCAUCGUCAUCGCCUACCUGAUGAAGCACUCCUGGAUGACCAUGACGGACGCCUACAAGUUCGUCAAGGCCCGCCGGGCCAUCAUCUCGCCCAACCUCAACUUCAUGGGUCAGCUGCUGGAGUUUGAGGAGGACCUGAACAGCGGCGUGACGCCUCGCAUCCUCACGCCCAAGCUGGUCGGCGUGGAGACCAUGGUGUAAACAAUGCAGCGGGGGAAAAAGCUGCAUGGCGGCCAUGUUGUGACUUUUUCUUCGUUUCUUUGCUCUUGUUGCGAGGCGGUUCGCAGCGUGUUUUCUCUUUUUCCUCUACUGUUUUGAAAGAAAAGCCUUUCUCUCUUUUGGAACUCUGUUUUUGAUGGAGUGCCAAAAAGCUUUGGGUGCUGUCUCUCCGCCCUCCCAAGAGAAAGAAAACGAGAGAGAGAGAGAAAGAGAGAGAAAGAAAGAGAGAGAGAGAGAGAGAGAGAGAGAGAGAGAGAGAGAGAAAGAGUGUUUCAAAGGGCUCCUCUUCACGUUUGUUUUAUUUUUUUAUCUGCACGCAAGAGUGUCAAGAUGGAGGACAGCAGAAGAGUUGAGUACACGCCCAAACGGCCUGCUGUUUGGACCUGGCCGAAGCCCAGGAACACAGGGUGGGAGAGACAGGGCCGUUGGAGCAGAGGAAGACGCAUCUCUGUGUGACCACAGAUGGAGGGAAGGAUAGGAAAAAAAGAAAGAUAACGAACAAAUGAACAUGUUUGAUUUCCAAAAAAAAAAAAAAAAGAUAACCAAAAAAUAAACAGCUUAUUCAGUCGGUCCCCCACCACCAUAACCACCACUUUGGCCCCCCCUUCCUUAUGCAGUGAGAGAGGCUGCAGGGUGUGUGUAUCCAUUCUGUUUCUCGAGGCUGCUGGUGCGGGCUCAGGCCCAAAGGGGGGCUGUGGCGUUUGCCUGUCAGAAAAGAUGAAGACUUGUUUGGUGUGUUAGUCCUCCCAUUCUAUUUUUAUACAAACGUUUACUGGGGUGACCAUGACGAGCUCACUGAGGCUCUCGGUGCAAUAAUUUCAGAGUGGAAUGCUAUCAGGGCCUGGCGCUAAUGUGUAUAUAUGGGUGAUGAUUUAACAUUUUCCAUCUCGCCAGCGAAUGACAGAAAUAUAUAGAGAUAUAAAUAUAUAAUUUGUCUUUUUUGUUAUUAUUGUAAUAUUCUAUAUGCCUUUUGGAAACAUACAGUAUAUGCCUGCACCAGAGAGACUGGCACAGGUGUAUACAAGGAAACCUAAUAAUCACAAAUUAUUUUGUGUGUCACUGCUGUCCGUGUACACUUUUAUUUUUGACGACUAUAAAAAAACAUGAAACCUCUUGAAUUUUGCCUGUGUAUUUCAGUAAUUGCUUGAAUUUUUCAUAUCCACCAUCACGUUCCAUCUCUGACAACCCCUAUGAAGUAGUCUUUUCAUUUGUCCCUCUAGGGACACCAUACCAAUCUGGAAAAUUGGAUUGUUAUAUAACACAAAAUGCCAGCUUCUAUUAAGCAACAUUCAUUGAUACUGAAGAGAUCACUGGCCUAUUCUUUAAAAGAAAUCAACUCCUCUGAGAGUUGUUGCCUCUGGGUUUUUUUUGUGUUGAAUAUAAGUAGCUGUAGUAAGUUUAAAUCUGGCCUUAAUGGUUAAAACCUGAUCUGUGCAGUUGAUCUGAAGCUGUUCAUAUUAACUAUUAACAUUAUACCCAUCCUAAUGAUGUGUAAUGUAAACAUUAAUAUCAUCGUCAUCAUCAUCAUCACCACCUGAAGGCUAACCCUUCCUCUUUUUCAGUGUCAUGAACACUUGCUUCUGCUGCUGUGCUAUGCGUGGAUGUGAGUGUUGAUGUGUCUCACUCUUCUGCUGCUGUGCUAUGCCUGCGUGGAUGUGAGUGUGUAUGUGUCUCACUCUUCUGCUGCUGUGCUAUGCCUGCGUGGAUGUGAGUGUGUAUGUGUCUCACUCUUCUGCUGCUGUGCUAUGCCUGCGUGGAUGUGAGUGUGUAUGUGUCUCACUCUUCUGCUGCUGUGCUAUGCCUGCGUGGAUGUGAGUGUGUAUGUGUCUCACUCUUCUGCUGCUGUGCUAUGCCUGCGUGGAUGUGAGUGUGUAUGUGUCUCACUCUUCUGCUGCUGUGCUAUGCCUGUGUGGAUGUGAGUGUGUAUGUGUCUCACUCUUCUGCUGCUGUGCUAUGCCUGCGUGGAUGUGAGUGUGUAUGUGUCUCACUCUUCUGCUGCUGUGCUAUGCCUGCGUGGAUGUGAGUGUGUAUGUGUCUCACUCUUCUGCUGCUGUGCUAUGCCUGCGUGGAUGUGAGUGUUUAUGUGUCUCAGUCUUAUGUAUGACGGCUGAGUACAUGUGUUUCUCUGUCUGUUCAUAGCUGAAAUGUUUCGUUUUUUUUCCCUCCUUGACUUUCUGGUGAGUUACUGUCAUAAUCUAAUCUAAAACAAAAGUGAGGGCUCUGACAUAACUGCAGACUGAGCUGCUGGCUUCGACCCAAAAAAUUCAGAGGGCCUCGUUUUGAGGUAAUAUUAUGUUCUAGAAGUUGAUAAAAAAUAAGGUAACCCCCUUUUGCUAAUCUCAUCUCCCUCUGGCCCGCCGCUAAGCUAGCCAAGGUCCUCAGCACACACACACACACACACACACACACACACACACACAGUGUUCGUGCCCCUGCAAAUGCCUUAAAGUCACAUGUAUUCGCUCCGCCAAUGCCUUAAAGUCAUGUGUAUUCGCUCACACUGAGCAAGUGAGGUUUGUGUCACAAAGACACACAAAUCACGCUUCAGUAGAUAUGCCUUCUUUAAAAAAUAAAAAUAAAAAUGUGAAUUGUUUUUUUUAUGAAAAUGUUAAAAUAAAAGGCUAAAUUUGGUUAGCACAAAUCCAGUAGCCCUGCCAUGGAUCGCAUCAGUUCCACUGAAGCUGUAUCUGUAAAAGUGACAACCAGGGUUGCAUUUCUCAAAAGCGUUGUUCUGCUACAACCAUUGUCUAAUGAUGGACAGACUACUGCUUUGGACACUCUGUCUCUGCAUUUCCGUGGUUGCUGCUCAAUGAGGCGUUUCAGGAAAUGUGACCCUGAGUUGUUCUGUAACAUUUGGUUGUGGUUACUUUUCAACAUUUCCCCCUGCUUUCCAGUAUUUUCCCUUCUGAAUAUGGCGUAUAAAACUAGCUAAAUUGUCACAAUAGAUCAUUUAGGUACAUCAAAGAGCCAUGGGAUACCUCUCCAUGAUUGAGAAUAUCAACAUUACAAAAAUGACUACUUUAAGGCAUAACAUCCAGAUAUGAACUUCUCAGAUUACAGUUAGAAACCACAAAACAUUACCCAGUUUUACAGAAAUAGCACUCAUCCCAAUUAAAAAAAAAAAAAAAAAUGAAACAAUGCUACAAACUAUACUUGUCAAUUUUCACGGCAGAGCUUGAUAUAGUAUUUUACAAGACACUUUUACCCGAGACAGAACUGAAUCUGUUAAUCUGUCAUCUGUAUAUAACUUACUAUCUGUAAAUUCAAGUUAAAACAUACCUUACCAUAAAUGUUUGGAUUCAAUGUUGAGCAUUUAUUUCUGAAAUACAUUUGCACCUCACUAUGUAUAGCCAGUGAUACGAGGGCUUUUGAGAAUAACAACGAUAACUGAAAUACUUCUUAACAACUGUUGAAUGCUGUCAAAAGCAUUGCAUUAAUUCUACCAACCAUGACCUACUGUUACGCACAAAAUGUUAAAAUGUUUGAACAAGGCUCAGACUUGCUUCUUGUCUUACAUUUUACACAGCGAGUGCUGUUAUUGCCGUAAGUCAUGAUUGUUAUGACAUGUAACAUUACGUAAUGUUUCUCACAGCAGUAGCCCGGCUUCAGAGGCAGCCCAUAUUCAGGCAUGUGCUCCACUGCUACCAUAGAAUGCUCCCUUUCAGAGACCCAGCAUUCAGCCCACUGAACAACACGUCUAAUGAGGUCCGUGCAGGUCUGCCUAUCGUAGCCAAAAGUAGACUGUAUGCAGAGUGCCGAUUACAAUGUUAUACAGGUCUGUGAAGCCUUCCAAUGUAGUGUUCCGAGCUUCAAACUUGUAUUUAACUCAAGAACAUAACAGAAACCCAUCUGCAAAAACACAUCAGCACACUGACCAUUUGUUUGCCAAUGUCAACCAUUUUAACCAGCUGUAAUUCCCUCCACCAAACCCUUCCAUAUCCUGUUAACCCACCUACGUCCAUCCUGAGAGCACAAGGGAAGUUGUGUACGAGGAUGUGUGUGUGUGUGUGUGUGUGCGUGUUAUUUUUAUGAUCACAUUGAGAUGCGCUGUUAUUUUUGAGAAUAUAAGUCUAUAUUUUUUGUGUUCCAAAGUGUAUAAGAGAGUUCUCUGGGAUGUGUUGUGUGUAUAUCUUGUUGGAGUACAUGUGUUCUGUAUCUAAGACCUUGGUAGUACACUGUUAAAUGAACCUGUUUUUUCUCCUAUUUGUCAAACCGCUUCAAUACAAGAGGUUUUAUGUUGCAGCUGUUUGUCACCUGCCAUUUGCUUCUCGUCCUAUUGUGAGAUGACGAUGGUCCUCAUGCAAUGAACAUACUAUGUGUGCCUAUUGGCAGCGGUUUGAUAUCUACACUGUUAUUUUUUUGACACUUUCUUUCUAUGCAUAAAUCCAUUACUAUUUUUGCACUGACCCAAAGGACAGCUGUAUUUAUUUUUUCACAAAGGUGCUAUAACAUUGGAGGCCUUCUGUCACACCUUGUUGCAUGACCUGCUCAGUAAUUCCCCAUACUUAUGUGUCCAACCCCUUACUUAACCCUCAUGCUGUGUUCACAAUAUGGUUACACUUGGCCGGCCGGACAUUAAUGUUAAUAAUGCGUUUUGUAAACAUUUCAUUUUGAUGUAUUUUGAUUUAAACCUUUUCUAAAGAUGCUAGUUAUUGUUUUUAUGAUUAUUAUAUGAUUAUUAUGUUUGUUUAAUUAUAUAUCAUUUCUAGUUUUUAAGACUCCUUUUAAUGAUGUUGUGCCAUUCAGUUCUAUUCAAAAUAAGGCAAAUUCACCAAAUAUUUUAACAUACAUACAACUAGUCCACAUCUAAAUCUCAGGAUUAUUAGUAUUUUGUGUGUUUAAGAAUGAGUUUAACAAUUAACAACACACAUUUAAAAUAUGCACAAAAUAUAAUAAAAUCUGUAAUUUUACAACAUAAUAACACUUGUUGUGAUUUUGGUCAAAAAUGACCAGUGUGAUUUAUGAUGAAAAUACACACUUUUUCAAAUCAACACCCAACUAACUGCAUUAAAUGUAACAUCUGACAUUGUUACCAUUUAUUUUCACUCAUAAAUCUGUACGUAUUACAGUCCUGGACAUUCAUUUUAAAAGCCUGGCCAUUUUUGAGCAGAGACACAACUAAUGUAGUAAUGUUAAAUUAUUAAAUCUAAUCUAUCUACCUGAAGUUUCAAAAUGGUAAUUUUUACCAGACCACAACAUGAGGAUUAAGCAAUGUCAUUUUGUUACCUUGUUAAACCUUCCUUCCUUUAAAUAAACAACAACAUGGCUUAUGAA